UGUUUGGAUCCGUUCCGGAGCCAAGGCAAUGGAGGAGCCUCACGCGUUCAAGGAUGGAGGCAGCUUGACCGGCGUAGAGGUGGCAGGUCUUGUAGCUGUGCCGCUUGCAAGCCUCGUCGCAAUGGUACUCCUUCUCCGUGUUGUCUUCAAGCCCAACGAUGAGCCGAAUUCACGAAAGUCGCCGAAUUACGGCGCCGUUUCUCAUGCUGUCGACGCGGAAGAGGACGACAUGAUAUAUGCGGGUCAAGUUGCAGCCAACUACACCGCACCAUGGACCGCGACUUUUGACUUGGUGUUCCUUCUGAGCAUGCUAGCAUCGUUCGUUGCGUUGAUCGUGUCCACAAGGUUCGCUCGACCCGACCUGUGGACCAACGCACAGUUUUGGCAGGGACUGGCCAUCCAACUUGCCGGGAUACUGGCUGUGUCGACGGUCGGAGGCCUCAUAUGUCGCGGGUUUGGAAUUAUCAACGAUGAAGGGUAUCUCCUGACAACGAUCAGUGCCUCGUUCAAGGUCAAUUACACUCGAAAAUGCCACCACUUGGCUGCGUAUAUCCUUCCGCUACUGAAUCCUUGGUCCAUCGUGGAUGGUGACACCACGCAGCUACCGUUGUUGUGGUCGUAUUUCUCCAUCUUGGUGUCUUUUGUGCUGCUCGUCAAACCCCUGCGCGAGAGAUUCGUGUGGUGCAUGAUCCAGUUCAACGGCCACGAUCGACCUGACGAUAGGCCGCACACACUCAAGUGGCUUGUCGUUGGCAACGUCGUGCCUGGUUUUGUUCUCGUCGUGCUUUUGCAUGCACUACUCGGCAAUCGCCACAUCCUCGUCGUCAUCGUGGCCAUUGCACUCAUCGGAGACGCUUUGGCCGAGCUAGUUGGUAACGCGCCCAAGUUGCAUCGUGCGGAAGGUGAAAUCGUGCUGUAGGCGUCAACUGGGGCCGUCACAAAUACGUCGCCAGUUCGUUUUGGUCGACGAGGUGGUCGAUGCGGUCGUGGGAAGGUAGUGCGGCCGUGUACGUGACCUCCAUUGUCCUACUCGCUUUGGGGUACGACGGCUGCAUGAUGAUGAGUUCAUGAUCUGACUGGAUUUGCUGUAGCUAUCGCACGUUUUACUCCAUGCUGCAAGUGUGGGUGGCGAUGGCAGUCGUGCCGCCCCUGGUGACGUACACCGAGGCCGUGGCACCUCGCACGUUGGAUACACCCGCGUUAGUGGCCGUCACAGGCGGCCUCGUGUUUGGAAUCCUGCACUUGGUGCCCUAGAACAAAACCAGUUCUUCAUCAUCUUGGCCGAUUACUGUUUGCCUGCAGACUGGUGUGGAUGCACGGCGCGGCAGUCGACGGGUUUGCAUAUGCCGCCAGGCAUGCCAUGUGGUCAGGGGUGAACGGGACAGUAAACACGCUUUGCACUUGGUCCAGGUCGAGCCAAGGGUGGCGAAGCAGCGACGUGGCACUAGGCCUGUCGGCUGCGCGAACAUUCAAGCAGGUCGCGACGAACGACCUGGCGGUGGCAGACACCUGUUGGUGGGAAGGCAUCGAGUAGUCCCCUGCGCGGAUCUUGUCCUCGAGAACCGACAUAAACUUGGAUUCAAAUGGAACGUGGCCGGUUAGCAGCACAUACACACACACGCCGAGCGCCCAAAUGUCGACUUUCGACGUGUAGGGGACGUCUUUGUUGAAGACUUCGGGGGCCAUGAAUGGCCCCGUGCCACACAACCCCACCAUGGGUUGGCUCGAUUUAUUUCCUGCGUCGUCGGUGCCUUGGAUAUGGGCGAUGCCAAAAUCCACAACUUUCAAGUGGUCGCCGUCGUCCAAAAGCAAAUUUUCAGGCUUCAGGUCGCGGUGCGUGAUGCCACGGCUGUGCAUUUCGGCAAGGACCUCCACGAGCUCACGCACGAGUUGGCGAAUCGUGUGCUCAUUGAUGGAGUUGCGAGCACACAGUGCUGGGACGAGUUGCCCUCCACGAACAUACGACGUGACGAGGGCGACGGUGUUGUCGUCUUGGUACACCGCAAAUAACGUCAGCACUCGAGGGUGGGCUCGCAGCUGGGACAACGCACGGAGCUCGCACUGCAAAGCGUCGACUCGACUGGGUGUGCUCAAGUACGCUGUUUGAAUCACUUUCACAGCAACGAUCGACUUGGGGUCAACCUUGGACUGCGCGCGGUACACGCGGCAGGUUUUUCCGUCGCCCACGACAUGCAGCAGAUCGUAGUCCUCUUCGACAGAGCGACGUGUGAUGGCGACGAUGUCGUCCUCUUCCCGCCGCCGCCGACUGCAACACGCCAACCGUUUGCACAGACGGUGCAUCUUACUCCUCUUGGACAGUCAGGUGAGU